GGAGGGGGUCAAGUGAUGGUUGAUGAAGGACUCCCUCCACGUGGAUACUCAGGUCAGAAGGAGGCUGGGGCCAUCUGUUUUGAAGGGCCCAGCCUGGGGAUAGCUGGAGGGCUAGGCCCAGAGGCACAGGAGCCGUGGGGAGUUGGAUCUGUCCCCUCACUCACAUCCGCUCCCUCCUCCAUAGGCCACGACAUCAACGGUGCCCUGGAGCCCUCCAACAUAGACACCAGCAUCCUGGAGGAGUACAUCAGCAAGGAGGACGCCUCCGACCUCUGCUUCCCUGACAUCUCUGCUCCAGCCAGCGCGGCCUCCUACCCCCACGGGCAGCCAGCGAUUCCCGGCUCCAGCGGGGUCCACCACCUGAGCCCCCCUGGGGGGGGACCCUCCCCAGGGCGCCAUGGCCCCCUCCCACCCCCAAGCUACAGUGCCCCGCUCAACUGCAACAACAACAACGGCAUGGGUGCUGCUACCAAGCCCUUCCUGGGGGGCUCUGGGCCCCCCAUCAAGGCAGAGCCCAAGGCUCCCUAUGCCCCAGGCACGCUGCCAGACUCUCCCCCAGACUCGGGCUCGGAGGCCUACUCCCCCCAGCAGGUGAAGACCCCCCAUCUCCUGCGCACCAUAACCCCUGAGACCCUCUGCCACGUGGGGGUGACCACCCGCCUGGAGCACCCGCCCCCACCUCCAGCCCACCUGCCAGGCCCCCCGCCGCCGCCACCACCGCCACCUCAUUACCCUGUCCUGCAGCGGGACCUGUACAUGAAGGCCGAACCCCCAAUGCCCCCCUACGCUGCCAUGGGGCAGGGGCUGGUGCCCAGCGAUCUCCACCACACCCAGCAGUCCCAGAUGCUGCACCAGCUGCUGCAGCAACACGGAGCCGAGCUCCCCACACAUCCCUCCAAGAAGAGGAAGCACUCUGAAUCACCCCCCAACACCCUCAACGCCCAGAUGCUGAAUGGAAUGAUCAAACAGGAGCCCGGAACCACGACGGCCCUGCCCGCGCACCCAGCUCGAGCCCCAUCCCCACCCUGGCCUCCCCAGGGUCCACUCUCACCCGGCCCUGGCUCCUUGCCCCUCAGCAUUGCCCGGGUCCAGACGCCACCUUGGCAUCCACCAGGUGCACCCUCCCCAGGUCUCCUGCAGGACAAUGACAGCCUCAGUGGCUCCUACCUGGACCCCAACUAUCAGUCCAUCAAGUGGCAACCACAUCAGCAGAACAAGUGGGCGACACUGUACGAUGCCAACUACAAGGAGCUGCCCAUGCUUACCUACCGCGUGGACGCCGACAAGGGCUUCAACUUUUCGGUGGGCGACGACGCCUUCGUGUGCCAGAAGAAGAACCACUUCCAGGUGACGGUGUACAUCGGCAUGCUGGGUGAGCCCAAGUACGUCAAGACGCCCGAAGGCCUCAAGCCCCUGGACUGCUUCUACCUGAAGCUGCAUGGAGUGAAGCUGGAGGCCCUGAACCAGUCCAUCAACAUCGAGCAGUCGCAGUCAGACCGAAGCAAGCGGCCCUUCAACCCUGUCACGGUCAAUCUGCCCCCUGAGCAGGUCACGAAGGUGACUGUGGGGAGGCUGCACUUCAGUGAGACCACCGCCAACAACAUGCGCAAAAAGGGCAAGCCCAAUCCUGACCAGAGGUACUUCAUGCUGGUGGUGGCCCUCCAGGCCCAUGCACAGAACCAGAACUACACGCUGGCCGCCCAGAUCUCAGAACGCAUCAUCGUGAGGGCCUCCAAUCCAGGGCAGUUUGAGAGUGACAGCGACGUCCUGUGGCAGCGCGCGCAGGUGCCCGACACCGUCUUCCACCAUGGCCGUGUGGGCAUCAACACCGACCGGCCGGACGAGGCGCUGGUGGUGCACGGCAAUGUCAAGGUCAUGGGCUCGCUGAUGCACCCCUCAGACCUGCGGGCCAAGGAGCACGUGCAGGAGGUGGACACCACGGAGCAGCUGAAGAGGAUUUCGCGCAUGCGGCUGGUGCACUACAGAUACAAACCGGAGUUUGCUGCCACUGCCGGCAUUGAGGCUGCGGCACCAGAAACAGGUGUAAUCGCCCAGGAGGUGAAGGAGAUCCUGCCUGAGGCUGUGAAGGACACUGGAGACGUGGUCUUUGCCAAUGGGAAAACCAUAGAGAACUUCCUGGUGGUGAACAAGGAGCGCAUCUUCAUGGAGAACGUGGGCGCCGUGAAGGAGCUGUGCAAGCUGACAGACAACCUGGAGACGCGCAUUGAUGAGCUGGAGCGCUGGAGCCACAAGCUGGCCAAGCUGCGGCGCCUCGACAGCCUCAAGUCCACCGGCAGCUCGGGCGCCUUCAGCCACGCAGGGAGCCAGUUCAGCCGGGCAGGCAGCGUCCCCUACAAGAAGAGGCCCCCCAAGAUGGCCAGCAAGUCAUCAUCUGUGGUCCCAGACCAGACCUGCAUCAGCCAGCGCUUCCUGCAGGGAACCAUCAUUGCCCUGGUGGUGGUCAUGGCCUUCAGCGUGGUGUCCAUGUCCACACUGUAUGUCCUGAGCCUGCGCACUGAGGAGGACCUGGUAGAAACUGAUGGCUCUUUUGCCGUGUCCACUUCCUGUCUUCUGGCCCUGCUCCGGCCCCAGCACCCUGGGGGGAGUGAGGCCAUGUGUCCAUGGUCCAGCCAGAGCUUUGGGACCACUCAGCUCCGACAGUCCCCUGUGACCACUGGGCUGCCAGGCACACAGCCCUCUUUGCUGCUGGUUACUACCGGCCUGAUCAACUUGGCCCCAGCUCCAGCCCUCCGCACCCUGGACCUGUGCUCCAGCCACCCCUGCCCAGCCGUCUGCUGCUCCUCACCCAGCCCCAGCCCCAGCCCCACCACUGGCGCUAGUCUUGGCCCCAGCUUUAAUCCUGGCCAUGGUCUUAGCCCCAGUACCAGCCCCUCCACCAACCGCUCAGGCCCCAGCCAGAUGGCCCUGCUGCCAGUCACCAACAUCAGAGCCAAGUCCUGGGGCCUGUCAGCCAAUGGCAUUGGCUACUUCAAGCAUCUAAAGAACUCGGACCCUGUGGCUAGUCCUGCAGUCCCCUUUCCUGGGGGCCACAGCAAAGCCAAGAACAGCCCCAGCCUCGGUCUCCAUGGCCGGGGCCGCCGAGGGGCACUUCAGUCCCACUCCCACCCAGCCAGGCCAUCUGUCGUGCGUUUGUUCACAGAGGGCACAAGCAGCUCUCUCCUUGCAGACCCAGUGCUGUCCCUGACCUCCAUCCAGGUGCUGGAGAAUUCAAUGCCCAUCACCUCCCAGUACUGCACUUCAGAGGAUGCCUGCAGGCCUGGAAACUUCACCUACCACAUCCCUGUCAGCAGCAGCACCCCACUGCACCUCAGACUGACCUUGCAAAUGAACUCCUCGUCCCCCGUGUCCGUGGUGCUGUGCAGCCUGAUGUCGAAGGAGGAGCCAUGUGAGGAGGGGGGCUUUCCAGAGAGCCUCCACACCCAUCAGGACACCCAGGGCAUCUCCCACCAGUGGUCAGUAACCAUCCUGUCCUUCCGCGAAUUCACCUACCACUUCCGGGUGGCAUUGCUGGGUCAGGCCAACUGCAGUGCGGAGGCCCUGGCCCAGCCGGCCACAGACUACUACUUCCACUUCUACCGCCUGUGUGACUGAGCUGCCCUCAGAGAGGCAGCACCACCCCAGGGCCCGGGGGUCCCCCGGCGCCUCUUCCACACUGGAUGCAAUGGUGUUACACUGGAGCCUGCCGCCUGCCUGCACUCAGCCGUCCACUGGCACUCCCUCUGAGAGACUGAGUCGGCUCGGCUCUCCCCGUGACUGGUGAAACUGGAAGUCCUCACACUGGAGCUGCUGUUCCUGCUGACGGCCCCCGCCUUAUACCACGGAGGGAGCUGGAGAGAGACCUGCUGGGCCCAGGCCAGGCCCAAUUCACAUCAGUGCAGAUAUGGCCAUUGGAGGGCUGGCUUCAGGUGCCCUGGAGGCGGGGGAAGCCUGUGAUUCUGUCCAGAGCCUACCCUCCGUGCCUCCCCUUUUGAGACUGGGAGCCACCCCUCUUUUGGAGAGGACCUGCCCACCUUUGAGAUCAGCGGGGCUUGGCUCGAGCCCUCAGACUUGGCUGGACCCAUGAGUCAGAGGAGGGCACAUGGUCCUCACCCUCCAAACUGCUCCCUGGGGAGGGCCAGGUAGUGGACUUCUUAGGGUUUGACUGUUACUGGACUUGGACUUCUAAGCUUUAAGCGUGGCCCAGGAGGUCUCGGUCUCUUCCUGCUGGGAGAGCUUGGCUCAAGAGCUACCCGGGCCGCUGAAGCCAGCCCUGGAUGGGCUGGUGACUAACCAUGUGCCUUGUGUACACUUAGGUGCCUGGCUGAACCAGGGGGGCCAGUGGGCCAGGUAAGCCUUGGACCUUUGAACCUGGAGGAUCCCGAAGGGAAGUUCCCUGUGAGCCCCCAGAUGGUAUUGUGGCCCUAUGGCCAAGGUUCCUAGGAGCUUCCAGAGCUCACAGUGGUGUUGGUGACCCAUCUUUUUCACUGAGCAGAGGAGCAGGAAUCCCUGCAAGGCAGCAGGCCAGUCUUGGCUGGUGGGUGGAUACAAAUUGCUUUUGCUGUUAUUAAUGAAGUAAUUACUAAAAUGCACUUAAACCAGAGCAGGAGUGAAAGGAUGGAGAUGGAAAGCCAGAGUGGGGGACACUUGCAGAGGCAGGGACCUGGCUCUGAUCUGUCCCCAGGAGCCUUGAGACACCCAUCCCAUUCCCAGCCACCAAGACUGGCCUCUCCACUCUUGUCCGUGGGUGGCCUCAUCUCCCCAGAUCAGGGGCUUCUGUGAUGGGCUUGGACAGCCACACUGGGGUCCCAUGCUCAGCAGCAGGCCCCAAUUCUGCCCACUCCUCCAGGAGCAGAAUGGUGGGCUUUUGUGAUGGCAGAAGUCUUAUCUCAAGUGCCAACAUUAACCUUUCUUAGUAGAUAUCUGGAGCAUUCAGAGGCCACAUCCAGGCUCAUGGAAGGAGAGUGGAAAUCAUUCAGCCAUGUCUGCCAUAGGUUCACAAGGGGAGAAGGGAAUUGCCAUCCUUGCCCUGUGACAUUCGGCCACCUCUUUGGGAACCGGGCCUUGCUCCUCCUACCUCUCAUUCUCAGCUUUGAAUGGGAGGCCUUUCUGUGGGAAAGCUGAAUCUUGAAGAAGCCUGGGCCCCCUUCAGCCAUGGAUGUCAAAGCACUUGUCCUCAGGGCGGGGAAACUGUGGGAGCUGGGGGAGAGCAAGGCUGCCUGGCCUCCCAGGCCCCUCCCCAGCGUGGCUCUAUGCCCUCAUUCUGACAUAGGAAUCAUAUGGCUCCCAUACCACGCAGCGGGCUGAGCCUUACUUAAGACUCCUCUGUUCUCCUUCCUUCCAUUGGGGGAAGCCUCCCUAAAUGCCUUAAAGAUGCCAAGCCCUGCCCCUUCUAAAAGGAUUCUGGGGCUUCCUCAGUGGGGGUGCAUAUUCUUGGACUGCAACCCCUCUGUGUUUAACUGGAUAGUGACCCUCCACUGUCCCCUGGAGCCAUCUGGACACAGCAUCGCCCCAAUCUGGUUAGCAGCUGGCUGUUUCCGUGCCUGGGGAGGGGGUCCUCAGUGCAGAGGUUGGGGCCAAGCUGGGUCUCUAAGCUGCUCAAGGUGGGGUCAACCUUGGACCAAAGUUGCCUUAAAGCCCAGUAAGGAAAAAGGGCUUUGGGGAAGGCCAGCAGGCCACCUGCUGGAGACUGAAAGCUGCCUGGCAGGUGCUGGUGAAUGGGUAUCUUGGCUCCAUCCUGGGGUCCAGCAGCCUAUCCCUCCCUUCCUCUCUCCCCUUCGGCAUUUAUUCCUGUAGCCACUGGGCUAACCUCCCCUCAAGCUUCAAGCUGUACAUAGGGCCUCUCAAUGCAUAAGUGCCCCUGCCCACAUUAUAUCCCCCAGAAAGCCUGCGUGUGCAUAGAGCGCCCCCUCCCUCCCAUUUAACUCCCCGUUCCUGCCCCUGAGCUUUGACUCAUAUUUAUCAUGCACCAACUCUGACUCUGGAGUGGGCAGAGGCAAGCAGCCCCAGGCCUGCCUGCUUCCUGUCCCCUGAACUGUUCUUUUCUGAAGUAAAUAUACGUAUAUAAAUAAAUGUAUAAAUACUGCUUUGUAUCUAA